AUGUCUGGUACGCAUCAUCUCUACACGCGCUCAGGGCGCCCGAUGCCGCCACCGCCAAAGUCCACACCGCACCGCAGCUCAAGUAUAUGCCGAACGCCCACCAGGCGAUAUAAUCCCGUCGAGCGAAAGUCGGGGAGCUCCUGGUCCCCCUCCGGUCGUCGCAAAACAAAUCCGCAAUAUGAACGAAUGCAAUUGCAGGUGCGGAAGCAUCAAAAUGAUGAAACACAACUUGUGUCUAUGCGUGGGGCGCAAGGGCGGGCUGCGGAGAAUGCCGCGCCACGUCAACCAACACCACCACUGUUGUUGGAGAAUUCCACAUCAGCACGGGGACGCCAACGGGGGGAAGAAAAGCGCCCUGCAGCGGCGGAACCACGUCGUGUGGCACGCAGUUCGAAUAAUCGCCCGGAUGAUACUCGUAUGUCUACAGUUACGGACGAACGUGACUACCAUAGUUACGCACGCUGGAAUCACAGUAAUGAGGCCUCCAGAGUAAGUCCACAUUUCACACGUUCAUUUUCUCAACAAGGGGCUGAAGUUGGAGAUCCACAUCACUCUAUAACUCAACGAUUACGACGUUCCUUGUCACGAGGAUAUAGUCCCCAGCGUGGUCGUCCAACUCAAGGACUGGUGGGUACAGAACUUAUGCCAACUAUGCCAUCUCUACAGGGCGCUCAUCAAACCUCGAAAAACCGUGACCGAACAACAUUAGAGCGUUUCAUUAAAAAUCAGCCGGCUGAAUCGAGGGAAGAGAUGAUAGCGAUGUUGGAAGAAUACAAGGGUCGGGAAAAUGAACUAUGUGAUGCACUAAAUGAAGCCUACAGUGAAUCUUGGGAAGCGGCUGUGAGGGGGUAUAGCGCAGGAGCUACGCCAUUGCAGGGAAACAACACUCCUGGAAGUCUUACACAGUAUAAACCACAACAGUUCAAAGAUGGAGAUAAUAGAACUGCUGCUCCAUUUUUAAAUGGGGAAAAAAAUACCGAUAUGGCAUCCCAUGUUAAAUCAAAAGAGGAUGCCAAUACUUCACGUCAAGGAGUGUUCACACCAAAGUUAAUUGCGAGUGCUCAAUCAUCUCCUUCACGGCCCCAAGGCAUUAAUUAUAGCCCAAAUCGUUUACAGUUACAGGUGGAAUCCACUACGCCCAUUCGUAAGGAAAAUUUUAAUCGAAACAAAAGUCUCGAGAGAGAACGCUACGAUGAUGAUGUGAGUCCAAAGCCUCGACAGGUCCCUGGUGGUGUUGGUGGUGGUAAUGGUGGUGCUACAGGCUCUGUACCACGUGUUGGUGGUUUUCUUGACUAUCGUGAAGCAUCGCCACGCCCCGGUGGCAUGUUGACGCCUCCUCUCCCACCUGACCUCCUUACUCGAUGA